CCACUGUACACGAUGAACUCGCACUUGUUUGGGCAGUCUCGCAAGAUUUGGGAGCCACAGAACGGCCAUGGGUCUCGACUAAACAGUCUCAGGAACAUGAUAAACCGGAAACACGGUUUAAACCUAAAGGACUAUCAUGACCUCCACAAGUACUCUGUUGAGGACUACAUGUUCUGGCAGGAUCUCUGGGAGUACUUGGGCAUCAUCUACUCUGUCCCAGCCACCGCCAUAGUCGAACCCGGGCGACUGCCAGAGAUCCCUAACUGGUUUCCUGGUGCCCGACUUAAUUAUGCUGAGAACAUACUUUUUCGUAACGAUGACGGCAUUGCGGUCACCGCGGCGAGGGAGUUCGGACUCGUUGAACACUACUCAUUCAGACAGCUUCGCGGACAUGUGCGCAGGAUGGCCGCUGCUAUGAGAGCCCACGGCCUUAGGGUCGGUGAUCGAGUUGCUGCCGUUAUCACCAACUCCUUCAGCGCUGUAGUCGUCGCUCUGGCGACAUCCAGCAUUGGCGCAAUAUACACUAGCACAGCGGCAGACAUGGGGACUCAGGGUAUCCUAGAUCGCUACCGCCAAAUUCAACCCAAAUUCCUCUUUUUCGACACGGAAGUGGUAUAUGCAGGCAAAACCUUCGACCUGUUGACUAAAAUAUCCGAAGUGGCCAAGGACUUGGUCCCUAGAGGGUUACAGCACGUCAUUCUUUUACCUAGUACGAAGACUGGAAAGGAAGUCACUCAGGAGCAAACGGCCAGAGUGUCCAAUAGUAUAGCGCUUUCGGACUUCCUGAAAGAGGACGACGGUCGGCCCCUCCAAUUCGAACAGUUGCCAUUUGGUCAACCAUUGUACAUCUUGUAUUCUUCGGGUACAAGUGGUCCCCCGAAAUGCAUCAUACACGGACAGGGUGGUGUUCUUAUGCAAAAUAAGAAAGAGAUAGCUCUUGUGUAUGGAUGCACUUUCGAUGACUGCUACUUCCAAUACACCACAACAGGCUGGAUGAUGUGGCCGUUAAUGCUGAGCACCAUGGCACUCGGUGGACGAAUCCUGGUUUACGACGGAUCCCCGUUCCAUCCGAGCGUCGAGGCUUUCCUGAAGUUCGUCAGCGACCAGGGCGUCACCAUCUUUGGUACGAGUCCCCGUUUCCUCACAGAAGUGCAAGCGCGCGGCAUACUCCCGUCUCAAUUAGCAUCAUUCCCCUCGCUACGUGCCUUAAUGUCCACAGGCGCGCCGCUCACCCCGCCGAUGUUCGAGUGGGCUCAGGCGGCGUUCCGGAAGGACGUUUUCUUGACUUCUCCCAGCGGGGGAACGGACAUCUGCUCGUCCUUCAUCACGGGUGUGCCCGCUAUGCCAGUUUACGCUGGAGAGACGCAAGGAAAGUCCCUCGGCGUGAAGACCCAGAUAUUCGACCCAUCGGGCAAUGACAUCGAGGCUUCAGGACAGCCGGGGGAGUUGGUGUGCACCCGCCCGCAUGUAUCCCUGCCCAUUGGAUUUUGGGGUGACGAAGACGGCAAGAAGCUACGUGCGGCAUACUUCGACACGUACCCAGGUGUCUGGAGACAAGGUGACUUCAUUGUUGCUAACCCUGUUACGAAAGGGUUAAUAAUCCUGGGUCGAAGUGAUGGCGUACUGAACCCAAGCGGCGUCCGCUUCGGUUCAGCAGAGAUUUAUACUGUCAUGGACCAAUUUACGGAAGUCAUCGACGACUCGCUGUGCGUUGGCCAACGUCGAUCGACGGACAAGGACGAGCGCGUGCUGUUGUUCGUCAAGAUGCGCCCUGGCCAUCAUCUUACCGCAGAACUCGCGGACAAGAUACGGGACGCGAUCCGCUCGGCUUUGAGUCCGAGACACGUACCUGCAUAUAUAUUCGAGACCGCCGCUAUUCCAUACACGGUCAAUAAUAAGAAGAUUGAGAUUGCAGUGAAGCAGAUCGUUUCGGGGUUGAACAUCAAACCCAGCGGAACUGUCGCCAACCCGGAGUCGUUGGACCUGUACUACAAAUAUCGAGACAUUGAGAACGUUGCCCAACACGAUGGUGUCAAUCGCGUCAAGGCGAAACUAUAAGUAUUGCCUGGACAGGGACCAGGAAGGCCUUCGUCGCUGUAUAAUAGACGCCAUGUAUAUUAGAUGUGUACAGAUAGAGCAAAGCCGAGAGAACCCUGGAUGCUCAAGCCGAACAUCAUCUAGUCCCUUUUGAUCAGCUCCACAGCUGCCUCAGUCCCCGCGAUCCUUCCCAGGCGGAACCAGUCGUACUUGCUAUACAAGACCCGGCAGCUCACGUCCGAGGCAUCGACCCCGUCGUCCAGGAACGGGUACGACAGGAAUUCGGUGUAGAAUUGCGGGUGGUCGGGAGGAGCAUAGAAGAUGAGGUUGCGUAUGCCACGAAUUUUGUAUCUCCGGAAGAAAUGGAAUCGCUCCGAGAUGAGCAGAAAAGACUUUUUGCCUGUGAAGAACGCUUGCCGCGCCCGCGAGAUGUCUUGGUUCGAGGAGUAUUCUGAAAGGACAGUGAACGAGAUAUCCUCCCGUUUCCUGAAGUAAUUGUGCACGCGGAUAAAGUCAAAUGAGGAAGGAAUGAAGAUGACCGUGUUGGCACUCUGCAUGGCUGAUUUCAGGGUGGCGGGGAGAAGUUGCGUGGUGAAAUAGGUGAACCGCUUGUCAGGCUCGUCUUUGGGACCAGAGCAAUCGAAGCGAACGAAGGUGGAAUCUAUACCCUCGGGCACGACAAUCGGAGGCCAGCGGCGCUCGGUUCUGAUUCUCCCAGCGACAUUCUUCAGCUGGGUGUUAUAGACAGCACGGGUCUCAGGCGUCUCGUACGGGGUAAAAAGGAUGGUCUGACGGAGAUACACCGCAUGGCCAUCGAGGUACCAAGGCUUGAUACGGGAGAAGUCGGCGUCAUGGGACUCUUUCGGGAGUUUAUUCAGAUGAGACAAGACAAACUGGACAUGCUCCCAGUUCUGCAUUGUCAAAGCAUCCAUUUGGUCCACGAUCAAGAUCUCGAUCGACGAUAGAAAAUCGCUGCUCUUCUCCUUCUCGAUCACCAUCCUCAACCCCAGCGGGCUAGCCAAUAUAAUAUCCGACCCGUAAAACUCCGAAUAUAACUUCAGAUUCCUUCUUGUGAUCUUGAUCCCCAGCCUAAAGCUGUCAUCCACAUUGCCCUUGAACGUCUCUACAUGGUCGCGCGGGUACGCGCCUGGCUCUGCACUAGCGAGC